GGUGCCUGGUGGUGCCCUCAGUUCUGCGGUGAUCCGAAAGUCUUGGAAACAAGAAAAGGCAAUCGACCAAACUUCUUUCGUAUUUUUGUGGAGUUAAUGUUCCAUCUGGAAAGUCCAUUUUUGCUGGAAACCUUUGCUGCAGACAUUUUUGUUUUUAUUUAUUUUUUAUUUUUUUACGAGAGAUUCAUUUGGACACUACUGGAGUAAAGCGGCAUCUAGUGGCGUCUUUAUGAAAGUUGAAACUUUAUUCACUUAACAAUACAUUAAAAAGAAAGUGAAUUAAAGCAAAGACGCACUACUUUCGACAAUUUGUAUAGCAAUUUAAUGUAUUUUUGACUGUUUAUAUUAUAAAUUGGGGGAUGUGUGAAAUUGAUAUAGGCUAAAUAGAAGCGCAAAUUAUGCCAGCCGCCGGUGGCGCUGCAGAUCCUUCGACAACAUUAACAGCUGGUAAAAGCUCAUGGGGACGGAGCAGAGCUCAAGAUGGAGCGAGCAAGGGGGCUGCCAAACAUCCGAACAGGUCCAGGUCCUCCCUGAGGGCGGAAAGAGGCAGAGACACUGAGGCGGGGAAAACCAGAUCCGCGGACGGCCGAGAGGGGGAGCCCGAGAGGCUCAACAGAGCAGCUGUCCAGCCAGUUGGUGCUGAGGCUGAUCUCACGCCGAACAGGGCGGAUGCUGCCAGAGUAGAUUCACCAGCACCACCGGGUUGCCGCCCUGCCACAGGCACACCCCGCUUCAAACGCCGCCCUGACCAACAAAUCCUGCCCAACAAAUCCUCUCCUCUGAGGAGAAAAGAGGAUAGCAAGCAGCGGGAGACGAGAAGCGGCGCCGCCGCGGGCUGCGGAGCGGGCCUCGACUUGGACUGGGGGAGAGAAGGAUGCUUUCAGGCUGAGCCGAUUCACUUUCAUCCGCACAGGAGACUGAAAAGGAGAAGCGUGAAGAUGCAGACCAAAACGGAGGGCGCUGCUGGGGUAGAGGCCGCGCAGGGUGAGCCGGAUCCGGCGGGGGAGACGGAGGAGGCGUCCGUGACACAGCAGGACCAGGCCCUGGAAGAGGAGAUAGAGAGGCUGCUGGAGGAAAAUGAUGAUCUCAAGUGUGAGAUCGAGGAGAUGAGGACCGAGAUGGACGAGAUGCGAGACACCUUCUAUGAGGAAGACACAUGCCAGCUGCAGGAAAUGAGGCGUGAGUUAGAGCGGGCCAAUAAAAACUGCCGGAUCCUGCAGUAUCGACUGCGCAAGGCCGAGAGGAAGAGGCUGCGCUACGCCCAGGCGGGAGAGAUCGAUGAAGAGCUGCUGAGGAGCCUGGAGCAGGACCUGAAGGUGGCGAAGGACGUGUCGGUGCGGCUGCACCACGAGUUGGAGAAGGUGGAGGAGAAACGGACAAAGACAGAAGAGGAGAAUGAAAAACUGAGACAGAAACUCAUAGAGGUGGAGGUGACCAAACAGGCUCUACAGAUUGAACUAGACAAAACCAAAGAGUCUCAGAAGCGAAAGGGGAUCAAAGACGUCCAGAAGGCUGACAAGAAGCCAACGCAGACUCCGACUGAGGAGGAGAACGACGACCUGAAGUGCCAGUUAGCUUUCAUCAAGGAGGAAGCCGUGCUUAUGAGGAAGAAGGCGGCCAAGAUCGACAAGGAAAAGGACUGUCUGGAGCAAGAGCUUCAGAAGUAUCGCUCCUUCUACGGAGAACUGGACAGUACCCAUCCCAAAGGGGAGGCCGGGGGUCCGCCCACCACCCGCGAGUCAGAGCUGAAGCUGAGGCUUCGAUUGGUGGAGGAGGAGGCCAACAUCCUGGGGAGGAAGAUAGUAGAGUUGGAGGUUGAGAACCGAGGUCUGAGGGCUGAGCUGGAUGACCUCCGCGGUGAGGGGGAGGGUGCCGGGAGCUCAGGGUGUGAAGCGACGGGUGGGUCGGGCAUGGGACGAGGUCUGGGCGACGAUCUGACCGAACUCCGACAGCAGCUGCAGUUGGUGGAGGACGAGGCCGAACUCCUGAGGAGAAACCUUGCUGAUGCUGAGGAGCAGAACAAGAGGGUGACAGCAGAGCUGAACAAAUUGCGCUUCAAGGCCGGGACCCACGAGGGAGGAGCCAGGCAUGGUGGAGGGGGUUCAGGAGGUACAACGCCUGAUGGAGCCAAAUCAGAAAAUCUGCAAGAGGAGCUGAAAGCUGCAAGGCUGCAGAUCAAUGAUCUCAGUGGAAAGGUAAUGCAGCUUCAAUAUGAGAACCGUGUGCUCCUCUCCAACAUGCAACGCUACGACCUGGCUUCCCAUCUCUCCCUGCGCCCCAGCCCACGAGACAGCGACGCAGAAAGCGAUGCGGGUGGAGUGGCGAGUGGCCGUCGUGAGAGCGACGAGGACUCCACCUCCUCCCGCUUGCUCCCUCCUCAUCGCAAACGGGAGGGCCCCGUGGGCGGGGAGAGCGACUCGGACGAGGUGAGAAACAACAACGGCAGCAGCCGAUGCAUGACGCCCACGAGGGGCCUCUACACCCCGCCGGGUCCGGAGGGCUCCGCCUCCUCUGCCUUGGCUCGCUUCCUGCCUGGUGGCCGCUGUAACCCUCGCGACAGGCAACAGUUGAUUGACAUCCGUGUGGAAGCGGAGAGGCUGGUGCGCACCAUCGACAGGCUCAUUGCCGACACGGCCACCAUCAUCUCGGAGGCAAGGGUGUACGUUUCAAAUGGCGAUUUGAUGUUUGGGAGGGCAGGAGAGGAGGGCGGAGAGGAAGAUGGGAGCAUGAUCAGGGAACAUGAACUACUUUAUCGCAUUAACGCCCAGAUGAAGGCCUUCCGAAAAGAGCUGCAAGCUUUUAUUGACAGACUGGAGGUGCCAAGACUUGAGGACAGAGAGGCAGAGGAGCCGCUGUCGAUGUUCCAACCAAUCAUUUUGCUCAUCCUUAUACUCGUCUUAUUCUCAUCCCUCUCUUAUGCCACUAUCUUUAAACUAGUCUUUCUGUUUACUCUAUUCUUUGUUCUGUGAUGUAAGCCAUCCUAUGUUCAAAUCAUCCCUGUUUGUGUUUGCUAUAUUGGUUUUAUUCCCCCCACCCCCUCAAAAAAAAAAAAACUCCUCAUUUGUUGCCAUGGUAAUCUAAAGCACAGAAAAAGUUCAGCACUCACCCUUUCUGCUCUUUAACUGGCUUCAACAACUGGAGUCUCUAAUAUCAUAACAGAUCACUAUCAGCGUCCCUCACUACAGAAGAAAACUUGUCCUGCCACCCUGCUGUUGUUUCCUGAAGAGAACAGGUGGGGAGAGGAUCCAAGGGCGUUUACACUAAAGGGAAGACUGACAGGUCAAACGUGGGCUGUUUUUGUCAGUGAUUUCAGGUCAUCGGUCCCAUCAGUUACCUAACUGCCACCCCAGCUGUGACCUCCUAACGGAAGAGAGCAAAGCAGAAGAAGGAGGGGCGGAAGCCACUAUUCAACAGAGCCUCAGGGUUAUC